CAUGCGCCAAAAUCGUAACCCGCUGCCCAUGUGAGCGACUGUCGCAGUGUACACACUACAGGGCUAAUGAAGUGACCAUGGUUGCUGUUGGUACAUGUGGAGAAUGGUUUAUUUCUACCUGCGACACGAAACUCAUAGCAGUUCACACCAAACAAGCGAGAGAAGCAUUUGUGUUCGACUGCACCACAGCUGAAAAGAAGCCGAAGAACACAGGGAGUGACAACAAAAGUGAUGGUGGUGCUACAGAGGAAGCAGGAAAUGACAAAAUCCUGGCCUUCGCUGUGUCUCCAUCUGGGAAUCUGGUGGCACUGACCGAUGACACCAAGCGACUGGUUCUCUUCCGCUGUCAGCCAUCAUGGCAGUGUAUAAGUACAAGGUGGGUGGUGAGGAGGUGCACCUCUCUGGUGUUCAGCCAGGCGGAAGAGGAGGUGCUGGUGGCAGACAAGUCAGGAGACGUCUACUCCUUCUCUGUGGUGGAGCCAUACAAAGAGGGGGAGCUGAAGCUGGGACAUCUAUCCAUGCUGCUGGCCAUAACCAUGACACCAAACGACAAGUACAUCAUCACAGCAGAUCGCGAUGAAAAGAUCAGAGUCAGCCACCACAAGUCGCCUUACAACAUCCAGUCCUUCUGCCUGGGACAUCGAGAGUUUGUCAGUGCUCUGCUGAUCCCAUCAGGACAUCCACAGUGGCUUCUCUCUGGAUCAGGGGAUGGGACCAUGAAGCUGUGGGAAUGUGAGUCUGGUCGUAAGCUGCAGAGCUGCGACCUCAGAGAGCCUGGAGAUGCACCAACCUCUGAGUCUGAGCCACACAAGAAGCCCACUGUGUGCCGGAUCGCCUGCUCCCCCGACGGACGCCACAUAGCUGUGCAGUGUGAGAGAGUGCCCACAGUGCAGCUUUUUGGUCUGAGGAAGGAGGCUGAAGAGAGGCUGGUGCCGUGCAGCAAACUGACCCUCCCCCACUGUCCCCUGGAUGUGACCUUUGAUCUCCAAGGCCGACUCUGGGUGCUGAUGGGCUCCGGUGACACUCCGGUUCAGAUUUACACAUACACACAGGACUGCUGGGAGCUUGACGCUGAGAGCCCUGAAACGACCAGAGUGACUGAAGCCCUCAGGCCACAUUGGGAGACACUUAAGGGUGCCGCCGGAGCCGAGAGCCGCUUCCAGCACCUCUACAAAGUCAACUUCGACAACAUGGCGUCGUACAUGCAGAAGAAGCAGCAGAGGCUGGAGCAGCAGAAGCAGCAGGGGAACAAGAGGCCUGCAGGCAGCAGAGCCAAGGCUGCCAACGGGGCCGCCAGCAAAAAGGCCAAGCAGGACGAGGCAGAAGCAGAAGCAGACGCACAGUCAUCAACCUGAACCAACAGUUUAGGAAACAGUCACAUUAUUUAGUAAUUAUUUUCUAUCAUAGUUUGGGCUCACUCUGAGUUGAAAGUGUGCAUUGAUGAAGAACAUGGAGCUAUCUGUGAUUGACUCAUCUGUGUCAAUGUAUUUUCUUUUUUUCUUUUUUCUUUCUUUCUUUUUUUUUUUUUUUUUUUUUUACAGGAAAUUAUGUUUGAUAUUUAACAAAAAAUGUGGCCACCAUAUAAAACUGAGCUGCCGCUGUCGUGUUUUUUUACUGAAAAUCUACAGUAUGUCACUGGAUGUUCGGGGCUUAACAUUUGUCCACUUUAACAUCUGACCAGUCAUCAGUCAUGCAGCCUCAACACUGUGUUUUUGUGGACCAUUCCUCAUGCUGCCCUCUUGUCAAUUUUCAACAUGUCACUUCCUUAGAAUCACAAAUCGACUCAUUCCUUCCCUGUCCCAGCAGCGGGCUUCCAGUUCCUUUUAACUGUCUAUGAAUGUGUGUGAGAGAGAGAUGGCCAGGUGGAACAUGUUAAGCGCACACAGACACACACCCUUUGUUGUUGUUUUUUGGGGUUUUCAGAAUAGUUCCUCCUUCCAUGGAGCCAGAUGUCUUUGUAGCAGCCUAAACAUCAAUGUGACUUGCCUUCAUUUGAUGAUUAUCUGUGUUUUGCAUGAGAAACUUGCCAUGAGCAGCUUCCUGUCAGAUGGGGUAGGAGAAGUUCAGAGGGUGAGUGUCCACAAACAUUAGGAGUUGCUGUUGUUGUUGGGAAUGCGCAAAGCAAACAAGUAGUGGAGCAAUAUCGAGGUUCAGCAUGUUUCCUAAACAUUAUGCAACCAAAACACUGACCCUCAGACACUGAAAUAAGACAAAAAACACUUGGACUGGAACAAAUCUGGAGCCAGUUUGCU